CUCACACGAUUGACUUGCAACCCAAAAUUCACAUGUAACCCAUCAACCUAACCUAGACCCAACCCAAACCGUCUAUUUGAGUCUUUACGCAUCUCAAUGACUAACUUUCCGUCUGCUAUUUUUUGGCCACGCAGGAUGCAAGCGAAGCCUCUCCAGACCGACAAGCACAGCACCCUGAAGCCAGGAACAGAGAAGCAACAGCAGCAACCACCAUCAACCAAAACCGACCGCAAUUGGGUCCAAACCGCAAAAACAAUACUCAGACUCCUUCCAAUCUGGGCAACGCUGCUGACAUUCGCCGUCAUCUUCCAACAGCCCGCCACCUUCUUCACCAAGCAAGGCAUGACCAUGUCUCGAAACAUCGGCACAGGUAAAACCAAAUUCAUGAUCCCUCCAGCAACUCUCCAGAGCUCCAUCACCGUCUCCAUCAUCCUCCUCAUGCCACUCUACGACAAGCUCCUCAUCCCCUUCGCCCGCCUCGUCACCCGGUCCGAAAAGGGGAUCAGCGUCACACAGCGGAUGGGGAUCGGGAUGUUCCUGUCGAUCAUCGCGAUGGUAAUCGCGGCGUUGGUCGAAGAACAGAGGCUGGAGAAAAGCAGGGGAGCGAAAACAGAGGAGAUGGUUGUUGAAAUGAACAUAUUCUGGCUGUUGCCGCAGUACAUUUUGUUGGGGAUUUCGGAUAUUUUCACGGUGGUGGGGAUGCAGGAAUUCUUCUACGGGGAAGUUCCGGUGAAGAUGAGGACUCUGGGGAUUGCGUUGUACACGAGUGUGUUUGGUGUGGGGAGCUUCAUGAGUGCUCUGCUGAUAUGUUUGGUUGAGGUUUCGACGCGGUGGAGGAAAGAAGAGAGCUGGUUUAGCGACGAUAUGAGGGAGGCGAGGCUGGAUAAGUAUUAUUGGUUGCUGGCCAUUUUGAGCUCCGGGAGCUUGGUGCUGUAUUUGGUACUCUGCAAGUUUUUUUACGGUGGAAGUAGGAGUGGUGGCGAUGAGGUGGAGAUGGAGGUGGUGGAGAGUGGUCGUAACACGGGAUGUACAUGAGAAUUGAGAUGAUGCUUAGAAUGUUUGUUUGAUUCAGGGUUUUGGGUUCCAUUUUGACAUGUUAAGUGUUGUUUUUUUUGGGAUCCAUGAGGGAGGGAUGUGGGGAAGUUUAUAAUUUGAAAUUAGGAGUGUAAUGUAAAUAUUGGAUUGAUGAUAAUUGAUAAGUCCCGCCACGUCUAAAAAUGACUCGUUUUCUAGUUGUGGAUUAAACUUUCAGGUUUUGACAAUGUAUUCUUUCGAUUAAUAAAUGAUUUAAGAUGAU